AUGCGGGAACCGGGGUCCGAAUGGGACCUUGGGCUCCCGCCAUUCGUUUCAUAUGCCCAUGGUCGACAAUACGACAACGUCGGCCAGCUAGAGGCAGCCAUUGUCGCUGCGUGGGACUCUAUCGAGCAAGAAUACCUCCUUACGCUUCUGGAGUCCAUGCCUCGCCGCUGUCUCGAUGUCAUCAAAGGAGAGGUGUCAUAUCUAAACAGUGCCUCUCAACUCGCCCUACACACUGAGAAAUCUGCAGAAAUGUGCACAAAAGUCGGCGGUGCUAUCAAAUUGGCGCGCACGGUACAUGAUGGAAUGGAAGCGGAAGCACGGAAGAACAAGAAACUAGUACGAGGACGAACCCGCGGAAAUACGGAAGAGCACGGAAUCGCGGGAGAGCACGGAGGGAGGGAGGAGCGCCGACUAAGGAAGACUACGAAGCUAAGGAAAAACACGACAGAGCACAGGGUUGUGGACGAGUAUGUCAAGUCGAGCAACAUCGCGUUCGGUCUGAUGCUGCUCCACAUGGACGCGGACUACCACCAUGUGGUCGACAACUGCGAGGAAGCGUGGACCGCGUUUAGUACCAAAACGACGGCGCGAAAUAUGUACGAAUCCUUGAAGUACAAUAGAAACACCGAAAGCACUCGACAACAAGAAGUACAUAAAGCUGCGACCACCUCAUUUCCAACAAGGCACGUGUUGCUGCCCCCGACUGGGAGAUAUGAGACGAGGCAAUAA